AUGAAGACAAAAAUCAAUGAAAAUUGAGAGAGAGAGAGAGGUGGAAAGCGAGGAAUAGGUUGUGAUCCCACGGAAGAAAGAGUCCAAUUCUUCCACCUCCCCUCCUCCUUCUCCCUAAUUUCAAUUCGUUCUUCUAUUCAUUGACCAAUUUUAUAUUAAAUAUUUUCAUUCGUUUUGUUCCUUCUUUCUGCAUAUCGCAAGCAGAUACCAAAAAUGUCGAUCAACAUGAAAACCCUAACCCAAGCCUUGGCCAAAACCGCAGCGGUCAUCGAGAAAACCGUACAAACAACCGUGCAGGAGGUUACCGGACCCAAAGCUCUCCAGGACUACGAGCUCCUUGAUCAGAUCGGCUCAGCCGGGCCAGGGCUUGCCUGGAAGUUGUACUCGGCCAAGGCGCGUGACGGAACGCGUCCCCAACAGUAUCCCACGGUGUGCGUGUGGGUGCUGGAUAAGAAGGUGCUGUCCGAGGCACGCGCGCGUGCGGGGCUCUCCAAGGUGGCAGAAGAUUCGUUCUUUGAUUUGAUACGAGCGGAUGCAGGGAGGCUGGUUAGGCUGAGGCAUCCGGGAGUGGUUCACGUGGUCCAGGCUUUGGAUGAGAAUAAGAAUGCGAUGGCGAUGGUUACCGAGCCGUUGUUUGCGUCGGUGGCUAAUGCGCUCGGGAAUGUCGAGAAUGUUGCCAAUGUCCCUAAGGACCUCAAAGGGAUGGAAAUGGGUUUGUUGGAGGUGAAGCAUGGUUUACUUCAGAUUGCAGAAUCCUUGGAUUUUCUUCAUAACAAUGCACGUCUUAUUCAUCGGGCUAUAUCACCUGAGAAUAUUUUGAUUACUUCAAGUGGAGCUUGGAAGCUCGGUGGAUUUGGUUUUGCAAUCUCAACAGAUCAGGCCUCUAAUGAUUUAGCUAAUGUGCAGGCCUUUCACUAUGCUGAAUAUGAUAUUGAAGAUUCUGUCAUGCCCCUUCAGCCCUCACUGAAUUACACUGCACCUGAAUUGGUUCGUAGUAAAGCAUCUUCAACUGGAUGUUCUUCUGAUAUUUUCAGUUUUGGUUGCCUUGCCUACCAUUUAAUUGCUCGAAAGCCUUUGUUCGACUGCCACAACAAUGUCAAGAUGUAUAUGAAUACAUUGACGUACUUAUCCAAUGAAGCCUUCUCCUCCAUCCCACCAGAAUUAGUCCAUGAGUUACAGAGGAUGCUCUCUGCAAAUGAAUCUUUCAGGCCAUCAGCACUGGAUUUUACUGGUUCUCCAUUUUUCCGGGAUGAUACUAGGUUGCGUGCUCUUCGCUUCCUCGACCACAUGCUUGAAAGAGAUAACAUGCAGAAGUCUGAGUUUUUAAAAGCUUUAUCUGAUAUGUGGAAAGAUUUUGACUCCCGUGUGUUGCGGUAUAAGGUACUUCCGCCACUUUGUGCAGAGCUAAGGAAUUUGGUAAUGCAGCCAAUGAUUCUGCCUAUGGUUCUCACAAUUGCAGAGUCACAGGAUAAAACUGAUUUUGAGUUAGUUACAUUGCCAGCUCUUGUGCCUGUCCUGAGCACUGCUGCAGGAGAGACCUUGCUGUUGCUGGUCAAGCAUGCAGAACUUAUUAUCAACAAGACAAGUCCGGAGCACCUAGUAUCCCAUGUCUUGCCCAUGCUUGUUCGAGCUUAUGAUGACAAUGAUCCUCGUAUACAAGAGGAAGUUUUGAAAAAAUCUGUAUUCCUUGCCAAGCAACUUGAUGCGCAGCUUGUGAAGCAAGCCAUUCUGCCUCGUGUUCAUGGCUUAGCUCUUAAAACAACAGUUGCUGCGGUCAGAGUCAGUGCUUUGCUAUGCUUAGGGGAAUUCGUUCACACACUUGAUAAACAUGCUGUGCUGGAUGUCUUGCAAACCAUUCAACGUUGUACGGCUGUUGAUCGUUCUGCUCCCACUCUUAUGUGUACCCUAGGGGUUUCAAACUCAAUCCUCAAGCAGUAUGGAGUCGAAUUCGUUGCAGAGCAUGUCCUCCCUCUACUCACACCUCUUCUCACUGCCCAACAGUUGAAUGUUCAGCAGUUUGCCAAAUAUAUGCUCUUUGUCAAGGAUAUUCUCAGAAAGAUAGAAGAAAAUCGGGGGGUUACUUUAACUGAUUCUGGAAUCCGAGAGGUAAAACAUGCUGCUACUGCUAAUGGGCUUGAGUCUCAAGCCUUGAGCAAAGCAAGUGGAACUGUGGCUUCAGCAAAAAGCAGCCCAGCAUGGGAUGAGGACUGGGGUUCUACUACCAGAGGAGCUGCGACUGCCACUGCCCCUGCCCCUGCCAGUGCUUACCAGCCUUCAAACAACAACUUAUCUACUCAGUCUGUUUUGGGUGAUAAAUCAAUUCAAUCGGCGCCCAGACAAUCACAGUCUUCCAUGAUAUCUACCGUAUCUAGGCAGCAAACGUCUGUUUCUUGCCCUGCAGUUGACAUUGAGUGGCCUCCACGUGCAUCUUCAGGUGUUACUGUACAGUCAGGCAAUGGUGAGAAGCAAUUAAAUGCUGGAAUAUCAUCGCCUAUAAAUUUUGAUGAAUUAGAUCCUUUUGCAAACUGGCCUCCACGGCCUAGUGCCGCCUCAAGUGGUCCUGGGGCCUUCAACAAUGGCACUAGGGGGCCAGCCACGAACAAUUAUGGAUCCAGUUCUAUCACAAGUAACCCAAACAACUUGAGCUACCAAACGGACAACAGCGACAGUUGGGCCUUCAGCAACCAAUACUCUGGGGAGCCACUAAGACCUAAUCAAGGGAGUUCAACUUUGAAUACAAGUAUUUUGAACAGUGGGGGUCUCCAGAACUCUCUUGGAUUCAAGAAACAGAACCAGGGGAUUUCAGCCUCAGUGACUACUUCAUACAAUAAUCAUAAAUCAACAGAUCUUGGGUCUAUAUUUGGUUCUAGCAAGAAUGAACAGGCUGCUCCAAAACUUGCACCACCCCCGUCAACUGCUGUGGGUAGAGGAAGAGGCCGAGGGAGGGGAGGAAGUUCAACCUCAAGGGCUAGCCAUGCCAAACCAACACCCGAACAACCACCUCUUUUGGAUUUACUGUGAUAGGUGAGUAUUGCUUUUAUUAGAGCAACGCAAAAGAUGAGAUCUUGAAGGUGCCUUGAAUAGAACGGCCAUCUCCACGCUGUAUAGAGCUUUGCCAGAUUCUGCUAAAAGCUGUUGAGCCUGAAAGUAAAUUUAUUCAUCUUGGGAUGAUAGUCAUGUGGCCCUUGUGGAGAUGGUUUUGUUUGUGAUAUUAUAGCUUUGUUGUGGGCUUGUUUGUAGCUUUACUGUAAUUGAUCCAUCAACAGGAUACAUGAUUUUUUUAUGUUAAAAUUUUGUAUUUACCUCUCUUAAAGUAGUGUUGUUUUCUUGACUAUUUUUGUGAUAUCUGCAGCUGCAUACUGUAAUUCUUGAAACAUGUCAGUGAUUUGAUGUGGAACUAAUUAAUAAAGGAAAUUGAAAUUUUUGAGUCCUUAA